AAACAAGAAUGACAUCGAUUCACCACACACCAGUUGGCAGAUUAUUGUAUAGGGUUGGGGUCAAGAGUGGGGCAGGAGGAUGUCAGCAAGUCGACUAUCCUCCGCCUGAUGACUGAGGGCGCACACCCUGCCCAGAGCCAUUGGCAUGGCAUGUAGUCAGCCCAGGAAACACAGCCAGGGACACAUCACUGUUUGUCUGCCCCGUCCCACCACUCGCAAGCCUGAGGCUAAACGUCAUCAACGUCUGACGCAGGUGUGCCAGGUGUGAUAUCCAAUAGCGCGACAAGACGCGGCCUGGACUCAAGCAGGUAAGACAGCCUGCCUGACAUCUUGGCAUCUUCUGACAAACCAACCUGCUGGCUUUCGUGGAUUUUUACCCACUAGAAAGUGUUCCGCUUUACCGUUUACAGCCUCCAUCUUUACCUACCCCACCCAUCAUCCAGAAGUAACACAAACUUGGAGCUACCCUGUCAUUGGUAUUAACCCACUUCACGAUCCUGACGAUCAUCCAGGAUAGUCUUCUACGGGAGAGAAAAAAAGAGUGAGAAACAAAGCUCACGAUGAUCAGCGAACCUGUGUUAAGGACAACAUUUUUUCUUCUCCUGGGAUGUCUCGUAGCAUCUGGCCGGGAGUUCCUGAGAGUCUGCUACUUCACCAACUGGAGCAACGGUAGAGCAUCCAUGUACUCCCGCUUCUCGAUACAAAACAUCGACCCCACGUUGUGCUCCCACCUCAUCUACGCCUUUGCGAAGGUAGACCCAGACAGCCGCUCCAUCAUUCCCAUGGAGGCUGAUGAGGACGCAGGCUUGACCAUGCCGGCAGAUUCGCAGAAUUCAAUGACCUCAAGAAAAACUAUCCGCACCUGGUCACGCUCCUGUCCAUCGGAGGAGAAACCGCCUCGAGAGAAGCUUUCGUCGACGUGACGUCAGACAACGACAUGCUGUCACGCUUCGCCAAGACCUCGGUGGACUUCCUUCGGAAACGUCAGUUUGACGGUUUGGACGUCGACUGGGAAUACCCUAACGCCACAACCAAGCCCCUGUUUGUGAAACUACUCAAGACCUGCGAGGAGCCUUCAACGACGACAAGACAGGUGAUAGAAAGCUGUUGCUAACUGCUGCCUUACCUGCAGGAAAGGAAACCAUUGAUGAUGGCUUCGAGGUGGAAAGCUUUAGUAGCUACUUGGACUUCGCUAAUUUGAUGACGUAUGAUUAUCAUGGACCGUGGAACAACUUAACGGGGUUCAACAGCCCUCUGUCCUCAAGGUUAUCCAACCCCAUCUUCAACCCUACACUAAGCAUGAACUGGACAGUUCAGUACUAUAGAUCACGUGGCUUGCCUCUGGAGAAGAUGGCGGUCGGGGUCACCCCUGUGGGUCGUGUCUUUAAGCUUCUGAAUGCAACGCUGACCUACGUGGGGGCGCCAGUGGACAAGUCGCCCCAGUCACUGCCGGCGACUUCUACCUCAUGGAGGGCAGACGAGCCUACCCUGAGGUACCUUCACUUCCUUUUUUACUAUAUCAUGUGCCGGGUGCUAGAAAGUUCCCAGGUAACAAAAACUUUCGACGAUGAGCAAAAGGUUCCCUAUGCCUACAUCGGCAACGAGUGGUACGGAUAUGACGACCCUGAGAGUGUCGGCUUCAAGGUGGACUGGAUGCUGAAGCAAGGCGUGGCCGGAGCUAUGUUCUGGUCACUGGACCUUGACGACUUCACGGGUAAGGCCUGCAAUAUUGGCCCGUACCCCGUGUUGAAGGCCUGGGUAAGUCCGUGAAGCAGACGGAGGGCAAGCAGCUGACGGCACACGUGGACCCCAAGAUCCGCUACCUCUUCAAGUACACUGGGGGCACGCCGGCAUGCCUCGGGGGGUCACGAUGGUGGAAUUGGGCGGCCCCUCUUCUUCUGAUGAUUUACAUUGUCUUUCGAUGAUUGUUGGCAUACUGUUGUGUCUUCUACUCGUCAAAGAGAUUUGCCUUAGCUCUCUCCUUCUUUCUUUCUUUUUCUUUUUUCUCAUUCUUUCACUCUUCUUUCUCUCUCUUUAUUUCACACACGCAAACGUAUACACCACAAACACACAUUUUAUUUUUGCUACACAUACUUUAUAAAAACGUUUCCUGCAAAGUGUUGCAGAGAAUAAGAAAGUUCACCUUUUCCGAAAUAUUUUGUGUGAUAAGAUUCGCAUUCCCGUAAGAUUGUUGUGAAUACUUGAUAAUCAUUAUAUUGUAAAUAUAUUUAAUUGUUGCUUAAAAUGCAACGGAUUCCACUUUAUUUUGAACAUGUUUAAUGGCGAUAUGCACUUUCACGCGAGAAAUGUUCGCAAAAAUAAAUAAUUUUCUAAAGAUCUUGCUAUACACGUUUUCUUGUAAGGUCUUAUCCCCAGAUACUGACGGUUGUGGACAUACUACAACUGCUCGUGAUUUUUUUGGUAUUGUUGUAUAAAUGAUUUGUCCUAAAUUAUUGGUUGUUGGCAAAGGAGUACUUUGUAACAAUAUUUCAUAAAGAUCACACUUGUUUUGUUAUUUAAAUUUUCUUGUUUGAUUUCAUUGCCUGGUUUUAAAAAAAAUAAAUCAUUCAAUUAAUUUGUUCACUGGUCGUUGAUACAAGCAUAGAAUUUUAAAAGCUACUUGUGACGAUUUAAGGGUUAGGAAAAUGUGCGUGUGAAUUCGAUGAUUAGACAGCUGUAAAGUCCUUCACUGACAGCUGUAUAGUCCUUCGUUUGACAGCUGUAUAGCCCUUCACUGACAGCUGUAAAGAUUUUCUACUAUGAUGUUGAAAAUGAGCUUCAUAACUAUCUACACCGAUAUUCAUUAUGUUAUCAAACGACAACGGGAUGCAAUGGCAAAAUAAAUUAUUUUGAUUAAAUAUG